GCGGGCUUGGCCCUAUUCAAACCCUCCCUACCGGCGGAGUUUAGGGUUUUGUAGCAACUGAAUCUGUAACAAAUUGUACGGACAUGGAGAAACCAGUGGCGACACUCGAUAAAGGCGCAAUAUGCUCGGCCUGGAACUACUGCGGCCAGAGAUUAGCCGCCGGCUCCGUCGAUGGUUAUCUCUCAAUUUUAGAUUCUCGUGACCCUUUGUCUUCUUCAUUCACUUCCUCCUUCAAAUUCAAGGUGCACGAAGGUUGCGUUGUGAAGGUUGCUUGGAUCCCGCCCGAGUAUGGGGUUGCUGUUGCUUGCAUUGCAGAAGAUGGGACUUUAUCAAUAUGGGAAGAGCUUGUAGAAGGUACAAAUCCUCUUGAAUGGAAGCUAUGCACGAGCUUUAAAACUAGCUCUAAGGUUUUAGAUGUUCAAUUUAGUGUCACUCAAACGAGCUUGAAAAUGGUUGCUGCUUACUCAGAUGGCUUCGUGAAAGUCUUUGAGCUCCUCGAUCCUUUGGAACUAAAGAAUUGGCAACUUCAGGCCGAAUUUCAAAAUGUUAUAGAUUCGGUUACCAUAGUAGGGAAGGCUUCGUGCUUGACAGCAUGUAUUUCAUGGAAUCCACAAAAUGGUGAAGGCCAAGAAUCAAGCUUUAUUUUGGGUUUCAAUUCUGACACUCCACAACUCAAUUCCCCCAAGGUGUGGGAAUUUGAUCCAGCUCAUCAGAGAUGGCUGCCAGUAGCAGAGUUGGCUUUGCCUGUUGACAAGGGAGAUCAAAUAUAUUCUGUUGCAUGGGCACCAAACAUUGGACGGCCAUAUGAGGUAAUAGCUACUGCAUCUGAAAAAGGAAUUUCUGUAUGGCGUGUUGGAUCAACCACUGACAUGGAUGGAAGGCUCUCCAUGGAUAAGGUUGCGUUGCUUUCUGGACAUAACAGUGAGGUGUGGCAGAUGGAAUGGGAUAUGAGUGGAAUGACCUUGGCAACCACCGGGGGUGAUGGGCGUGUAAGGCUGUGGCAAUCUAACUUGAACGGCACUUGGCAUGAACAAGCAACGCUUGAACCCACUUCAUCUUAGGCCUUUUAUAAUUUCGUUAUUUAAUUCCUUAGCUCUUCUUUUGCCAGCCAAAUUGUGCAUGUUUUCCAAUUGAAGGCUUUUGCUGCUGCUGCUAUUGUAUUUUUAAACACCAUCUACUUUGCUGCUCAUUUUUAUAUAAAUAUGAAUGAAUCAAAUUUUAUAUAAAUAUAUAACACUUUAACCA